AUGUUGCUCCCUAAGGAUGGAGUUAAUUGGAAGUCCGCGAGGGCGAACCUACCACCAUGGAGGGCAGUCCUUGUUCUCCUGACACGGACUCGAUUUUUGGUCUCCGUGGCCGUUACUGGUCUGGUCAUUCUGCUGUGGCGUGGCGUCAGCAGGUCCGCGUCGGAGAUGCAAAAUUUCUACUGCUAUGGCUCCUCCAAGUCGCCGAUGGAAAUGUCCAUCAAUGAGAUGGUCGAGUGGAACGCUCACGCCCAGACCCCUGUCCUUUUCAACCACCAUGAACCCUACGAAGUCAACAACACCUCCAUCGCUGAAGUGGAUCUGAAUCCCAUCGUCUCCUCUACUCAGGCUGUCUCCAACCGUGAGCGCGUGCUCAUCCUUACCCCUCUGCGCGACGCUGCCCCCUACCUCGAGAAAUACUUUGAUCUCCUCUACAAGUUGACCUACCCUCACGAGCUCAUCGAUCUGGCUUUCCUGGUUGGUGACACUAAGGAUGACACCCUGGCUAACCUUGCCUCCGAACUCGACCGCAUCCAAAACCACGCCGAUGAAAAAAUUCGUUUCCGCAGCGCGACCGUUGUCCGCAAGGAUUUCGGCUCCGAUGUUGAGAUGAGCGUGGAGGAGCGUCACGGUUUUGCCGCCCAGGGACCUCGUCGCAAGGCCAUUGGUCGUGCCCGUAACUACUUGCUUUACUCGGCUCUUAAGCCGGAUCACUCGUGGGUUUACUGGCGUGAUGUCGAUAUUGUGGACUGCCCCGAGCGCAUUCUGGAGGACUUCAUGGCUCACGACAAGGAUAUUCUUGUUCCUAACAUUUGGUUCCAUCGUUACCGGGAUGGUCGUGAUGUCGAGGGUCGCUUUGACUACAACUCUUGGAUCGAUUCCGACAAGGCUCGCCGUUUGCGACAGACCCUGGACCCUGAUACCGUCCUCGCUGAAGGUUACAAGGAGUACGACACUGGCCGCACAUACCUCGUCAGCAUGGGUGACUGGCGCAAGGACAAGGAUGAGGAGGUUGAGCUGGAUGGUAUUGGUGGUGUGAACAUCCUCGUCAAGGCCGAUGUCCACCGUUCUGGCAUCAACUUCCCCUCAUACGCAUUCGAGAACCAGGCCGAAACCGAAGGCUUCGCUAAGAUGGCCAAGCGUGCCGGCUACCAAGUCGUUGGUUUGCCCAACUACGUGGUCUGGCACAUUGAUACCGACGAGAAGCCCGGCAACUUGGGAGACCGCAAGGCGUACUAA